UCGAAGAAAGUAUAUCCGUACCGUAUUCGUUAAUCGAGCAACAUGUCUGGUCGUGGAAAGGGUGGCAAAGUCAAGGGAAAGGCGAAGUCUCGGUCCAACAGGGCGGGAUUGCAGUUCCCCGUGGGUCGUAUCCAUCGUUUGCUGAGGAAAGGAAACUACGCUGAACGCGUCGGCGCUGGUGCACCGGUCUACCUGGCUGCAGUAAUGGAGUAUCUGGCCGCUGAAGUUUUGGAGUUGGCUGGCAACGCCGCUCGUGACAACAAGAAGACCAGGAUCAUCCCUCGUCACCUGCAACUCGCCAUCCGCAAUGACGAGGAGUUGAACAAGCUGUUGUCCGGUGUGACCAUUGCCCAAGGUGGUGUUUUGCCGAACAUCCAGGCCGUAUUGCUACCCAAGAAGACCGAGAAGAAGGCAUAAUCGUAAUCUGGCAUCUGAUACAAAUGGCCCUUUUCAGGGCCACAAAAUUUUUUUAACGAAGGCAUACUCUGUUGAGCAUUACAAUACCUCGCUA